CCGUAAACAGGAAAAAAAAUGGCGGCUGCGUGGACUGGUGGACUGAGCUGCGAGCUACAACCGUACUUUAAACAUGUAUUUCUUUACGUUUCGGGCAAAUUAUCUCCAUUAAAAGUAUGCCGAAUUAUCCAUUAGUAGUUCCUGUUUGUAAUGCACCCGUGAAUGUACAGACAAGUAUCACUGCAUUAGUUUAAUACUGAAGAAAACUUAAAAACGUGAUGAUUCUCAGGCAGGUUCUGUAGUGAGUCACGGCGUCUUUUUAUUCCCCUCCUGUGAUUUCUAAACGGAUUUAUUGACGUUUAUUCGAGAUGGACACUGAAUGUAACGACAUCCACGGAACGUGAGCUCAUUGUUGGAGUAACGUCUGACCUCGAAGCUUCGGUGAAGUCGUGGGAAAUUGAGAAAAAGAAUGAGACGUGUCGGCGAUUGUUCAGGAUAAAAGGCCCGUAGCAGCAGAGGAGCUCAACACACCGGCUGAUCCUGAAGCAGGCCACAUUCCUCCUUCAUCAUCAUCAUCAUCAUCAUCAUCAUCAUCAUCAACGCCACCAUGAGGGCGCUCAGCGUGUCUCUGACUCUCUGCAGCUUUCUGAGCCUGAGUCUGAGUCGGUUCAUCCAGAUCCCCUCCAACUCCACCAACGGCUCCGGGCGCUCGGGCCUCUGCGAGUACGCGAACCAGCAGGGCCAGCUCGGCCAGCUCGGCCAGCUCGGCCAGUUCAGCGACAGCGAGAUGUUCGUCCCGCAGUGCGACACCUACGGCGACUUCCUCCCACAGCAGUGCUGGCCGUACAGCGGCUACUGCUGGUGCGUCAACGUCGUCACCGGAGAGGAGAUACCUAACACCAGGACGCCGCUGGGGAGCGUGGCCGUCGACUGUGAACGGGCGUACUACUGCCCGCACGAAUGGUCCCGCUUUGGAAAUCAGUGUUUCGUCUUCAUCGACAACCCGAAGACCUGGUCCGAAGCCGAGAGUUACUGUUUGUUCGAAGUGGCCAAUCUGGCGUCGGUCAUGAGUCCUGAGGAGGAGCACUUCAUCCAGGCUUUGACCCGAGGAGACACCCACGACUUCCCCCAUGUCUGGAUUGGUGGCCAUGACGCCGUGCAUUCCUGUUUUUGGAUGUGGAGUGACGGCUCCAAGUUUAGCUACGAGAACUGGGCCAAGGAUUACAACCUGGAGAGAAAUGAGCACUGUCUGAUGAUGAAUUAUGGGCAUCACAGGAAGUGGAACUACGCCUCCUGCGACGACGCCCUCCCUUUCGUUUGUGCCAAGAGGAUCUGAACAAGUCGGAUCCGACAGCCGGAGCAAUGUUUCCUUUUUGGUUUUUUUUAGUUCGAGUCCGGCUAAAUCCACCUGAAAAGACCUGGUCCGGGUCUAUCUACCUGAACUCCCUAUAGGUCCUGGACCAACCAGUCUUAACUCGUAUCUGUCUCAGCAUAUGACCUCCUUUUGUAUUAAGUCAGUAGAAUCCAAGAAUUGUAAUGUCACUAAAACUAUUGUGUUAAAAGAUUGUAAUUGCAAAAUAUGAAAACAAAAAUACAUGAAUGUACCAAGCCUGUCAGGAGGAAAAGUGUUUAUUAUGUGUGCUCUCAAAAUAUAUAGUUUUGUACAUAAUUAAGAUGUUUAGUAUAUUUCUUUCUGUCCCCGAUGGGAUUAAUAUUAAAGAAUAAUUUCUUGCGUAAAGCACUGUUAAGUUUAAAUCAGGACACACCACAAACAUAUUCUAAAAGGAAAUACAGUGUGUGUGUUUAGGCCUGUGAUUUCGUAACGCAGCACCACGUACCCUUUUGGACUCACAAACAAACAGCAGUUGCUCAAUAGUUUCCCGAAACUGAUGGACUCACUGCAACGCCUUCACAAUAAAAGCUUUGACUGUGA